AUGUCCUUUGCGAAGAUCCGCAAGGCCGCGAAAGACCAGAUGGCCAUAUUUAUUGGAGCACUUCAGAUUGUGCUGGAAGCCCUGAGCAGACUUCACACACAUGCCAAACCAGACCCUACCGUAUGCAGCUGCGACAACGGCCAAUAUUACUCGACACUUUCAAAAACUGGAUCUCUCUGUGCCUACACUACAAGUAACCCAUUCGUGCUAUUGCCACCAGAUGCUGGUCCUUGGACUUUCGCCCCCGCGGACCUGGAACCUUCUACAUGCACUGCUACUGUAUUUCCAGUGUCCACGACGAACCUUAUGCCUACAGGCGAGUUUGUAGUCGAGUCAGACUGGGAGGGUAGCAACACCUGGCUAUUUUCUGCAGACGUAGGCAUGAAUCUAUCGUCUCUUGGAUACGGUGAAUUUUCGCAGUCGCCGUUCACGCGCAAUGCAAAUGGAAGCUAUACCUUGAGCAUCCCGUCGGACGGAGGUGGUCAGUCUGUCACAGGGCUUGCCAGUGGUACGCCUGCAAACGCGGCGGAGGCCUACGCCCACGAAUUUGCGCUUACUCUUUCGACAACAUUAACUUGUGACAUACCAUUGCCACUACCUUGUCAGUCGAAUGAUAACAGAUUGGACAGCUCCCAGUGGGACGCAUUCAAAACAGACAAAUGGUGGGAAUCUUACGUCUCAAAUUACGCUUCGGCAAAUUACACUUCGGUGGGCGGAAGGACGCUGUUCGAAGAACUAGUCUACGACUACAUUGGCCCCAUUGAUCAAUAUUACUGCACGAUUGGAAAUGCGCAACUGAAUGCAGACGGUUCUUUGGACGUGGGCUCCUGCAUUUAUCCAUCAUGUGUCGACGUCCAUACAGAUCUCUCCUCAAAAGACGGUUUCAGGCAAGGAUACAUGGUACUGGCCGACUGGGAAGGGUUAAGUCACUUCUUGAAUUACUGCUGGGAUGUUUUGGAUCAAGCACAGAACGGGUUUGACGACGUCAUUACGGCGAUCUUCCUUGGGACGGUCUUUACUCUAAUGUGUGUUGUUUUGCUCUUCAUACAACCGUUCUGGGGAGGUGCCCUUAUAGCCACAGCUGCAAAUGCUGUCUAUGCCAUUGGCGCCUCGCUAAAUGGGAUUGCCAAUAUUAAGAAUCUUGGCACCCCGAAUACAGCUGUGUUAGAGUGGGAAGGAGCCACCGACACCCAGAACAACUGGCGAAAUUAUACGGGUAAUAUGAAGACCGGGCUUUCCCGUCUUCAUGACUCCUACUUUCUCAAUGCGAACCAUACAGCGCCUGUCAAUAUCUCGACAGUCUUGCAAGGAGGGUUCUACCUGCCGGUAACGCCUACCGUGGACCAAACAUCGGUUAUACCUAGCGACAACGUAACCGCGUGGUUAGAGUCGUAUGCUUGUGCUCGUUUGAUCAAUCAGCUAUUUGACCAGAACGAUUACUACAUUGUCUACAUUCCGUACGGCUCCAUGGUCAAUGACGUCCCUGGCGGUGGAUCCAGAGGCAAUUUCUCCUUCGAGAAGUCGGAUUGCGAACAAUGGGUUGGGAAUUCAAAGUUCAACAACAGUGUCUAUGCUACUUGCAAUACCGUAGACGGCAUCGGUCCUGGAAUGACAGUCAUGGAGGGGAUGCAGGACGCUGUCUUAGAUUUCACGACUUACAACUACAAAACCGCCUUCACGCAGACGUUCACCGAUGGCAUCUUCACGUACAACCCUGAAGAUGUCAUCCAGUCUAGCGUUGCUGGCUGGUUGGACUAUGGGUACAACUACACCCUGGUCAAUCAAAAUUAUGGCUUCUCCCCUGACGCUCUUGACUCCGUCGAAAACUUCAGAGAGCAACUCCUCGCUGUUGCUAACAUUAGAUCAAACUCGGAAGGCGUUUACAACCUACCCGUCUGCGUGCUCAAUGAGCUCGAUUCCAUGCCAGAGUGUUUCAAGGCCGUGCCGGAAAAUGAUAACGAUGGCGCCAAGACUCCGCUUACGUUGGAUGAGUUAAACUAUUGCUAUAUCCAUCCGAUCAAUUGUUUAGGUGUAACGGCAAGGCUACUAGAGAUCUGA